CAGGGCUACUCCCUGGAGGUUAUACUCACAUGUACGCACAUACACAUGCACAUAACCUUGCCAGGGCUACUCCCUGGAGGUUAUACUCGCACAUGAACAUACCAAAAGUCAUGCAAAAUACGCCUACAGAUGUAAGUUAGUAAAGUUAAUUAUGAAGUAUCUAAUACACACAAUCGUAAGUUUCAGGCAAUACAAUUGGGAAUAAUGCCGAAGCACAGGCAAAAAUCCAGGCAUGUGGACAGAAACAGUUCGCAGCAGGAAAGGAAUGCUAGGACGCAGCCGAGGUCCAGAACUCCAGCCGUGCGUCGUAGCAGGUCACGUGAACGACGGUCGAGGAGAAGUAAGCGGGCGAGUAAGCGAUCUUGUGAGCAACGACAGCUCCGGAGCCCUUCAGUGCACGAGGUAGGAGAGAAUUCAAGAACUACUCAUAAAGGCUUAUCUAAAAGACGUAGAGUACAAAGUCAAUCAUCGCUGUCAAGUUCGGAGGAAAGGUCGCCUCGUAGGAAGAGAAGUGCUAAUUUAAGUAAUCUAGAUAUAGUUGAAAAACUUUUAAACGUUAUAGCAAGUAAAAAUACCACUGACGUAGAUAAAUUCCCUGUCUUAAAUGUUGUACCUGAUUUCGACCCAAUGUGCCGUGAGCAGACUGUGGAGACCUGGAUACAUAAGGUUGAAGAAUGCGCUCAGAUUUAUGGAUGGUCUGAUAAACAAAUAGUCCAUUAUGCAAUGCCCAAGCUCUGCGGCGUUGCUAAAACCUGGUAUCAGGGUCUCCCCUCUCUGCUACAUUCCUGGUCUGAAUGGAAAUUAAGGUUAACGGAGUCUUUUCCUUCACAAACUAACUAUGCGGAGACACUUACUCAAAUGUUGAAUAAGAGAGCUAAGUUUGGCGAAUCUCUUGAGGAAUAUUUUUAUACUAAAAUUAAUCUGCUAAACCGUUGCAAAAUCUAUGGUAAGGAUGCAGUCGACUGCAUAAUAUACGGCAUAGACGAUAGGGGUGUUCGCCUAGGUGCUCAAGGGGCGCAAUUCUCUGAACCCGAACAGUUGCUUAAGUUCUUUAAAAGUGUAAAAAUUAAUCAACCGAUUGGUAACGAUCCUAAAAAUAAAAAUACAGAUCGACAGGAAAAGAAACCUGCUCAAAAAUCGGAUAAUGAUAAAAGGCCUAAGCCACAAAGUUUAAAAUGUUAUAAUUGUAACGAGACUGGUCAUCCAUUUUUCCGUUGUUCUAAACCUACAAUUAGAUGCAAUAAUUGCAAUUUGAGAGGUCAUUUAGCAGAUAACUGCCCUAAUAAAACGAACCAAGCUCAUAAAGCCAAUGUAGAGUCCCAGUCUGUAAUGGAAGUACAUUCGACUGAUAAUAUAAAUGCUAAGUACAAAAUUCCAAUUAGAAUUAAUGGCAAAACACUUUUGUCUCAUAUUGAUCUUGGAAGCGAAUGUACCCUUAUUAGACUGACUGACGCGAUAAGUCUAGGAAUUCAAUGGAAAACUGAGUCCCUGCCUAUUUUGGGGAUUAGGUAAUAUUCCCUACCGGCCAGUAGGACGUGCGUUCGUUGAUAUAGAUGUACAGGACAUAAUUGAAGAAAAUGUUGAGAUUUUGAUUGUGACUGACGAUAUGAUUAAUGACCCGGUAUUACUAGGACACACGUACACUGAACGUCCACAGAUACAAAUAACAAAACUAAUAC